UUGAUGUUUAUGAUAGAUGACGUCACAGCGAAUCAGCGAAUCCCUUCCAAUCCUCCAUUUGAUGUUGAUCAUGUAUUUAUCAUGGCAUUUAUCUGUCGGUAAAAGUUAAAACUUUGGUUUUAUGUGACCGAUGAGCAGUUAGUUAUCUUAGUUACGAAUGACUACGAUCCCCUUUAGUGAUAUCAAUUUUUCGUGAGUUCAGUGAAAGUUUUCAUCGUGUAAGUGGUCUUGCAAGCUAUCAGAUGUCUUUACUGUGGAAGUAAAAAAAUUUCCUUCCAUUUGGAUUUACUUCAUUGGCUUCAGAAUGAAAACCAAAACUUGAUUCAUUUUGAAAAUUUGUCAUUUCUGUCACAGAAAGAUAGUCAGGACUCAUAUUUUUCUUCAGCUACUCUGAAUGAAUUAAGAUGAAUAAAAAAUUAUUUUCUGCCAUGUCGAGGCGGCGAAUAUCAUCACCAGAAAUGGUGCAGCAUCUGUGGGAUGCAGUGAAAGUGAUUCGCUGCCAGAGACAGAUACCAAACAUUGACCGAAUAACUCGUUAUAUGGUCAGAGUUCACAAUACAUCUGAAGAUGAAGUAGCAAGGCAGUUGAACUACUGCGUACGUGAUAAUCUGUUAGAAAUAACUAAAAAAGUGACAAGCAAAGGUGCUAACGUUGGUCUGGAGCAAGAAGGUUAUAACAUACCUAGCAUUAAGGCAGAAAAAGAUGGUCACGAUUGGUAUUGUCUAGAAUGCCACAGUGGAGGUGAUGUCAUAAGUUGCAACAAUUGCCACAGGGUAUAUCAUCUCUCGUGCAUCCUCAAGGAUGAUCUUCCAGACGAUGAUGUGAAACAUAAAUUUGUCUGUACUGUCUGCAAAAAAAUUCAGACCGCGACUGAAGGACCCCAAAAAAUCAAGAAAAGCACACUCAACCGACUUCUGCGAUACACUUGCCUCCAUCUGAAAGAGAAGUUGCCUGUCCCUAUUACUGAACGCCAAAUACUAACAAACCCAACUUAUUCCUCAUCGGAUCGUGUAAUAUCUGUGAACCCCCUUCGCCGAUCCAGUACAACAGAAGUUUCCAAUAGUUCCAAGUGGGUGCUGGAUGAAGACAACAAGUGGCGUAUCGAGAGUCUGAUUUACGUCCCGAUGGAUUUGCAAAUGAUGAAAAAUAAAGCAUCCAGAAAAGAAUACAACUGCCAAGAAGAAUUCAGAGCAGAUGCACAAACCUUAGUCCACAAUGUGGUUAUUUAUCAUGGAGUUCAUAGCAGCAUAGCAGAUAUGGCUCGUCAAAUGUUAAGGGAUUGUGACUACGACCUCCACGAAAUUCACCAGUGUUUUCACUGCUAUCGGAGAUCCAAUGAAAAAGUCUCCAAGCAUUGGUUUUGCAAGCCUUGCAUUCCACCGCACGAGCUUGUGUACGCCAAGCAGAAAGGAUUCCCAUACUGGCCUGCAAAGGUCAUCAAAUGUGAUGGGGAAACUUAUGACGUCCGAUUUUUCGGGACUCCUCAUGAAAGAGCAACUAUUGAAAAGGCACAUAUUAGACCCAUUUCGGUGAACAUUCAUACAUUACAGGUGAAAAGAACCUCCAGUUGGAACAAGGCGUGCGAGGAACUCAAACGACAUCAGCAUCUCCUUGAAAAAUUAAGGCAGGAAACAAAUAAUUUCUCUAUUGUCGCUGAUUCCUCGAGCGAUUCAGAUGACGAUGCUCCGUCGCCCAGAAAAUCAGGUGUCUCACCUCUUUCGGCAGCUCCAGUUAAAUUUGGGAAAGUCGCCACUCCCACAGUAGAGGAACAGAAAAACGACAGCUCGGACAGCUCUAGCAGUGAGAUGAAGGAAACACCUGUGAAGAAAAUACCCGACAUCAAGGUCAAAGUUCCUGAACCGAUAAAGAAACGUAAGCCUGGUCGCCCACCAAGAGAUCCAAACAGUCCAAAGAAGGUCGCCAAGCCAAAGGUAGCAAAGGGAACCUCUGUUGAGAAGAUCGUAGAGGGAUUGAAAAAGAAAAGGGGAAGGCCCAAGAAAGCUGUAGACCAAGAAUCACCAGUUCCUGAAACCAAAUCCUCAUCGCUCUCUUCUGACAAAUCGUCCUCUUCUAGUGUACCCAAUGGUACUAGCUCUGAAAGGAUGGAAAUUAAGGAAGAAAAAGAGACGAAAGUCAAGGAAGAAAAAGAGACGAAAGUCAAGGAAGAAAAGAGUUCUCCUCCCAAAGACGUUUCUCCUGCAAGUCGAUCUCGCCAUGAAGAACCUAAGGCAGAAGAAGAGGAAAUGGUUAGUUCAUCCUGUCAAGGCGUUGAAUCUCCAACUUUAGUUCAAACAAAAAGCAUCGCAAUACAAACUAAUCUUCAUGACAAAAAGCCCAGUAAGGACUGGAUUAAUAAAAUGAGACUAGAAUUUGAAAUGGAAGAGAAAAGAACAAUAGAAAGGCUGGAAAAGCAACAUCAAGAAGCAAUGGAACUUCUAAGGGAACAACAUGCGCUAACAAUCGCAGAUGUCAAGAAAAAGCAGUGGUGCUACAACUGUGAAAUGGAAGCAAUCUACCAUUGUUGCUGGAACACCUCCUACUGCAGCACAGAAUGCCAACAAAUACAUUGGCAGCGAGAGCACAAACGCGUGUGCCGUCGUAAACGUUGAAUUCUUCGUCUUGUUUCUAAAUGACUCCAGGAGAUAAAAGGAUAAUAUUUCCAUUGCUUUGUUCACCAACUAGCCAAACAGCUACUAAUUUUUGAACUAAACUAAAUUUGACAAUUUUUCAUCAAAGAGAACUUCUAUCUAUAAUAAUAGAAUAAGUAGAAAGCCUGAUUCGUACUUCGUGGCAGUAAGUUGCGCAUUUAAGGACUUAUAUGUAACAACUGCGGAUGUCGAGUUUUCUUAUUGUAAGAAAAUCGCGUUUGAAGUUUUCAAAGCUUUGCACUUUGCCGCCUGUAGAAUUGAGAGGAUUCAUACAAAGAUUUUCAUGAAGAGCAACUCUUCCGUAAAAAACACGCGUUUUACGAUUUAUGUAAGUUCAAAAUUGAAGGAGUAACAGAGAUUUGAAAAAAAUGUGACACCUGCUAUUUUUACUAAGAACAUUUUUUUAUGCAUGAAACAAAGUCUUCAGGAAGGGUAAGGCUGGUGAAAUGUUUGAAAUGAACCAAAAGUAAGUCAAUGCUGAGUCAUUUAAUAAAAUUGAACGAAAAACUAGACCGUUUGUAACUUCUACAACAAAAAUAAGGAACAUAUUAUAAAAUCAGUUGAAAAAUCAACAAUUCUGGCGAAACAGUCUUGAUACAUAACAAUUGAGUGUCAUGCAGCCCAUGGCUGGUGCGCAGGCAGUUAUCGCAAGUGCGUUUGAAUCUCCAUGGUGUCCUGCUGCGCCUGCCAGGGAGAACAGUGGAUUCUCAUAUCCGCUGUUUUUACAAAUAACAUGGUUUUCAGUUCCUACCUCGCAGAAAAAUUGCGCUGGAAGUCUGAAACUUGCACAGGCAUUAUUGAGGGCUCUAGAAUUCGAAAAAAGUGUUUUCCCUAGAUAUAGCGGAUGUCAACAACCGCUAUUAUUACAUAUAAGUCCUCAUUUGUAAAAAAAACCGGUAAUUGAAAAUGCCAGUGAUUAGAAAUGCCGCUUGUCUCUGUCUCUAAUAGUGAA